CAGUACGGUGCCAUACACGAUACGGCGAGGUUCGUUCUUGAUCGAUCGUUAUACUAGAAAGUAACAGAAAGUUAACCAACGACCCCUGUAACCUUGUGCCCUACAUCGCAUCUGUCAACCUGCAUCGAUACACGCGAUACAUCCUUCGUGGUGUUGGUUACAGGCCGUCCGACAGCAAAGAGUGUGUGUUGCAUAAUUGCCAAACCGCAAGCACGGAGACCGGUCGGUGCAGCUGCCAAGCGCACUUAGUGUGUUGCAUUCUGACUCUACCCUUCGUCGCGGACGCGUACGCUUCUCGGUACAUCUGUUCUGGGAUCUCGUGGCCGGUGUUGUUGCUCAAGCCCGACGCACUUCCCGUCCGCACAGUGUUGUCGUAAGUUUGCAAAUAGAGAGUGAAAAAAACACGACAAAACAUAAACAAACGCAACACCGCGAAACGUUGUGUACCGGAACGAGUAGAAAGUGUGGUUUCUAUUACAUGUGUUUACGUUAUAGGUGUAACCCGUCGGCGACCAUUUUCAUUGAAAAACAUGCCGAAAAUGAACUGAAAACAGUGGCAGAAAAGUGCGUGUAUGUGUGUUAUAUGUGUGUGUGUGCGCCUAUCGGUACUGUUAGAAUAGAGUGAAAUCCUUCGUUUGGAGAGUCUCCUUCCCACCAGGAGCUACCGUUUGCCAACCAAUAUUUGGCCCAAUAUAUCUACCCUAAUUUCGGGAAGGGGUAGAACACGCCACGAGGGAACGAAGGCGCCCCGCCCCGCUGGCUCAUGAUUAUAUUUCACUGUCGUACGCAGUUUUAGCUUCGGUUCUUUCGCCCGUUUCGUUCGUGCUGAAGACGCAGCAAGAAGGCAUCCAAAAUGGUAGAGAUUAACAAGAAACUGUUGCCCAUGAAGGCACACUACUUCCUCUUCAAUGCAGGAACGGCUCCAGUAGUGCCUUUUAUGCCGACGCUCGUGCGGCAGCUCGGCUUCUCUACGGUGAUCGUCGGAACGAUCUACACGGUCCUGCCGAUCGUGGGCAUGCUGGUGAAGCCCCUGUUCGGCAUCAUUGCCGAUCGGUUUCAGCGCCAGAAGCUGCUGUUUCUAAUCUUUCAGAUCCUUACAGCCGUUCCGUUCUUUCUGAUCAUGUUCAUCCCGGCGAUCCCGCAGGACUCGACCGUCACAUUCCACUGCCACAAUGGGGCGGCCGACCUGAAGUACUGCCCGGACAAUGGGACGAGCAUUGACGCGUGCCUGGUGGAAAGCAUCACCACGAACGAGAGCAACGGCACGCUGCUGUGCGAUAUGGAGUGCCGCACCGAGCCGUGGAUGUGGGACACGGUGUGCAAGUACUGGAACGUGUCGGCGUACUGCGACGAGAAGAACAUACCGGCCGAUCGCAUCCUCCGACUGACGGGCGUCGUGCCCAACAACCACAUCAAUCUGGUCGACGAGUGUCUGUACUUUAUGCUGCGCGAGGGCCAGAUGGACGGCGGCCGGGUACCGCUGUACUGUCCCGCGAACACGACCGACUUCCGGACGAGCUGCCAGGUGCAGUGCAACAACGAGCAGGUGAUGGGUGCGAUCUCACACUCGAAGAUUGCCGACGGCGACGUGACGGGGCUGUAUCAGUUCUGGUUGCUGUUCCUGUUCCUGAUCGUCAGCUGGGCCGGUAUGGCCGUGGUGGUUAGCGUCGGCGAUGCGAUCUGCUUCGAGAUGCUGGGCGACAAGCCGCACCUGUACGGCAACCAGCGGCUGUGGGGUUCGAUCGGCUGGGGCACGGUGUCGCUGUUUGCCGGCUUCCUGGUCGACACGCUGUCCGAGGGCAAGCUGACGAAGGACUACACGAUCGUGUUUUACAUGACGAUCGUGCUGAUUGGGUUCGAUAUGCUUUGCUCCUCCAAAUUGCAGCACACCCAGACACGCCUGUCCACCAACAUUCUGAAGGAUGUUGGCAAAAUAUUUGUCAACUUCCGAAUUUGUGUCUUUUUCUGCUGGUGUGUGCUGAUCGGCUUCGGAACAGCACUGAUUUGGAACUUUUUGUUCUGGCAUUUGGAGGAUCUGGCCAGCGCCCAGGAAGGAUGUGGCCAUUCGACUUGGAUUAAAACGCUGGAAGGCAUCAUCAUGUCGAUCCAAACGUUCGGCGGUGAGCUGCCAUUCUUUUUCCUGUCCGGUUGGAUACUGAAAAAGAUUGGCCACAUCCACGCGAUGAGCCUGGUGCUGCUUGGGUUCGGCGUACGCUUCCUGCUGUACUCGCUGCUGACCGAUCCGUGGUGGGUCAUACCGAUCGAGUUCAUGAACGGUAUCACGUUCGGUCUGUUCUACGCAACGAUGGCAUCCUACGCCAGUAUCGUUGCACCGCCCGGCACAGAAGCAACCAUGCAGGGACUCGUGGGAGCAGUGUUCGAAGGUGUCGGCGUCUCCCUAGGCAGCUUGCUGGCCGGCAAUCUGUUCCAUCGUAUCGGUGGCAGUGCAACGUUCCGCGCGUUCGGCACGGCGGCGCUCAUACUCUUCGUGCUGCACGUCGUCGUGCAGAAGCUGACCGACCGCUUCAGCAGCCAGGGUAAGCAAAAGCAACAGAAAAUGAACGGCUUGACGGACGUUAAGCUCAAGGAAAACGGAACGCAUUGCGGGUCGGGUGGCGGGCUGGGCGAGAACGGUCUCUCCAACGGACAGCUGGGCAAAACCGGCUCCAUCCUGUCGGAGUCCACCGUGCAGGAGGUGCUGCACGAAACCGACCAUGAGCAGGACCAGCUACACGAUUGCCCCCCCGCCAGCCGGGCAGAAGGGCAGAAGAAUGCCUCCAACGGGAACGUGGCCGGACACGAGGGAGAAAAGCAGCCGAACGGCAAUACGGCUGCCGCCGCCGCUGUCCAAGGCCAGCUGUACGAAGUGCCAUUAAAUUAGGUUGGACGGGAGGGAUCGCUUCUUCCUCCUACUAUGUUGUCCUUUCAACAAUUCAACAUGAUAUUACACAUCCGGGCAAAAUGGAAGGGGGUUUGGAAAAUCAAUUAGUUGUAAGCUCUGUGGAAGCCCUUCACGCCCGCGUACUGAUACCAUUUACAUUCUCGCAAUCUGCCACAACCAUUGCCACGACCACACAUACAACACACAAACAAACGCAUACAUCCGUACACACAAAAAAAGACCACUUCACCUCACCAAAUCCUUCCCAUCGAACGGAUUAUGGACGUACAAAGAACGGCGGUUCAGUUUUUUUUCUUCCGGUAACUGAUUGUUAGUUUGCGAUAAGUUUGCAUUUAUGUCUUUUGUUGGUUUUUGAUUUUGACGGUCCCCUAUCUUUCUACCUGCUAUGAUGUUCGUAGACUAGCAUUGUGUACAAGUAAUAAAUACGAUUUAUAAUUCAUCAUUAGUUGCUUCCCUGCCACGUUGAGUAGUUCAUUUACCGGACCAUGCGACGACACGCGUUCUCUGACAACAUUAUGAAAUAAUAUAAAAGAAACAACAAAAAGGGGGUUUGUUGCCCUAAACAUGGUUGCAAUCAGUAACAAAUGAAAUAGGAAGUACAAAAACAACACGUUUUUCGCUACCAUAGCGACCGUAGUACAAAGCGCUUCAAUCAACACGUCUCUUUCGUACGCAACCACAAGCCAUCUCGCCCCAGGCGCAAGGUGGGUGUCAAUUACAAUACGUUUCUUUUACCGUACCACUGCGUACACCGUGUGUUUGCUCGUAUGUUUGUUGGUUGCUUUAUUCAAUUUCCAUUUUUGUAGAGUUGAUUUAGUGCUGAUACCCUUUUUGCGAACCACACUCUAGACAAACUCCCAUCAGAACGCUUCGUCUCCAUGAUUGUGCAUGAACUGCGAACAAUAAUUAAUGAUGCCCUGCUUCGCCACUACUCCUGCUGUCCAGAUGUGCGAGUGAUUGCUCUUUCUUUCCCAACGUUUGGCAGCUAAAUGUACCCGCGGACAACAUUGUCUCCUAUCGGAACGUAGCGCGCAAUAAUGUAGCUUACGGUGCACUUUUAUAUCUGUAAACAAUCGCCAUCACUCCCACUAGCCGGCAAGAUUGUCACUAUCUUAUGUCGGCGACGCGCUUUAAAACAAUUAACAAGCGUCUCUGCGUCCAUUCGAUAUCUCCUCUAAUUGCACCCAACACGGAGACGGACACGGAGAACGCUCCACGUGCUAGUGUUGCUGCCACGCUUAAACCACGUGUUUCACUCGUGAUGGUCAAACUGAAACCAUUAAGCACCCCUCUUUAGGUUCAGCACACAAAAUGUGUGCGUGUGUGUGUUUGCAUAUUUAGUUUGCUUUUGCAAUUCCUCUUAUUUAUUCGUUAAUCUUUGAUAUGCUUUUACCUAGCGUGUGUCCUCCUUGUGUAAUUUUCCUUUCUUGAGGUCGGGGUUUUUUCCUGCAUGAAAAGCAGCAUGUUACUUAGAUCUGUCGUUUACUCUCUUCCUUUCUUUCAAUACGCUUUCUUUCUUUCUUAAAUAAUUUCCCUGCUUUUCUCUAUUUGUUGCAGAAACGCGUCCUGGUUACGCACCACCAAAGGAGGCGCUGGAAAACGUAGAAGACGAUGAACCGAUCGUGCCCGGUGGCAGCUAUCAGAAGUAAUGGAAUGGAAGGAACGUUGACUAGCGCCACACGCGGCCGAAGCUUAUUUUAUCGUGUCCUGUUGUGUCUCCGACUAUCGUUUUUUUUUUAAAUUCUGACGAAAUGCAUUUAACUAACUUUAUCCUACAAGUGAGACACAUUCCAGUGCGUGUAUGUGCGUGUGCGUGUGCUUAGAAUAGAUACGUGUUUGUGUGUGCAUGUGAGUAAACGGGUAUAUUGGGCAUUAUUGCAGAGAUCAGGUGUGUUUUUUACAAUAUUUACCAAUAAUAGAAGUAGAGUGAAAUAAAGCUCAUUACAUAGUAGAAGAAACGACACGAAAA